AUGUCCACACGGACACCCCCGAUCGCGCCGCGCUCGAUGUUGUCGAGGGCUUCUGGUGAAUCAAUAGAUUGGGAUGCCCUUUGGGAACAAACCUUCGCAACUCUAUCGAAAGAAUUAUACCCAAGACUUGCACUGUUCGAAGCGCUAGCUCGAUUCAAGAGUAGGAGCGAACGCCGAACACCUUCUAGCGACGAAGUUGUCGAAACCCGUAGAGCCUUUUUGGAUUCGUUUGCCUAUCUUUGCGACGUUCAGAAAGGGGGAGCGACGGUGACUGCUGCAGGGCUACAGAAGCUUCCUGAAAGCAACAUCCUCUGGUUAGCAGCAAACGAGGGAGUACGCAACGACAUUAAAAUUUACGCGGAGAAUAUUCUGUUGAAACUGAAGAAUUUGAACCCCGACUGCGAACAGGAUGCUCAAGGUGAGAUCUUCCACUUGGCCGUUGAGAGAUGCAGUCCUCGGAUUAUCGUGUACCAGGACGAGAUGAAGAGGCUCGCGAGAAACUGUAGAAUGCAGUUAAAGAGAGAAACGCAGAAUGAUGCUGUGAUGAGCCUUCGAAGAAAACUUAGGAAACUUUCCGAGCCACCACCGAGAAUGAUGCUUACUGAUGUUGUCGACUUUUGCUACCACAUGCGAGGACUAGACAUUGAUGAAAUCAAGAGAAGGUCAAAAAAUGCACUAGAUGAUUACGAUAAAUUGGCCCAUUAUAUCGGACGUCUUGGUGCAACCCGAUCAUCUGUCCUCGCCGUCAUCAAAGGAAUGAUGAGGAUCCCGGCGCUUCAGCAAAUAUCCUGCAUCCGAACGGUCGAAGCUCCGGGUAUCAAGGAGGUGGCGUUAGAUCAAUGGGCGCUGAGCCCAUACGAGGUUUUCCGCGGUAUUUGCCAGGAUCCGGUUUCUCAAAAUCCUCUUCAAAAUGCAGCAGCACUGCACUCACUUGUUGAGCUUGACCUGCCCUCUGGGUCAGCCGACGUGCGUGUACGGUUAUCACAACGGCGCACCAUCACCACCAGGGUACAUUCGGAACUGCAGAUCGCGGACAGGUUCAGUAGAAGGUUUUUGGAGUUCGUGGGUGAUGAUAAGUAUAUUGGCUGUAGCAAACCAGCCUGUUACUUUUGCUUCAACUGGCUUAGCAACCACAAGCAUAAAUAUGUUCCUCCUGCGGCACAUUUAAAAAUCAUCCCUGGUUGUCGCGGACCAGACAACGGCGUUAAUGAGUCUGGAGUCGCCAUUCUGCAGGACAUGUACUCCAAAAUGUGUACUCGGCUGGGCCAAGACAUACUUGACUUUCUCCUGCAUUCAGUCCAGGGCCACUCACACGCUAGAUAUCAGUAUCAAUCAACAGAUGGCUCAAGCCAUGCCUAG